CACCUCCACCUCCACCUCCACCUUCCCCCAUUAAAAUUAAUCAUCAGGAUGUUGAAGAAAGUCCUGCGUGUUUCCAACCGUUCCUUCUUCGCCUUCAUCUUCUUCUUCUCCCUGUCCACAUCAUGCCUGUACUUCAUCUAUGCGGCACCUGGAAUAGCAAAUACCUACCUGUUCAUGAUGCAGGCACAAGGCAAAAUGUUGAGGGACAACGUGCGAACAAUAGGCAUUCUGAUUCGAGACCGCUACACCAAAAGGAAUAGCACUCUUAAUGGAACAGAUUACCUUGAAGGGUAUAAUUCAAGUGAAUACCUUGGUCAGAGUGGAACAUACCUUCCAGAAGAUUUCACAUAUUCUCCUGGCCUGCCUUGUCCAGAAAAACUACCUUCUAUGAAGGGGUUUAUUGAUGUUAACAUGAGUGAAAUUGGCAUGGAAGAAAUCCAACGUUUAUUUUCACAAGAUUUAGAAAUCCAGUAUGGAGGCCACUGGAAACCAAAGGACUGUAAACCCCGCUGGAAGGUGGCAAUUCUUAUUCCUUUCCGCAACCGGCAUGAACACCUCCCGAUUUUAUUUCGGCACUUAAUUCCAAUGCUUCAGCGACAACAUGUGCAGUUUGGAUUCUAUGUUAUUGAGCAGGCUGGUAACUAUCCCUUUAAUCGUGCUAUGCUAUUUAAUGUUGGUUUUAUGGAGGCUAUGAAAGACCUGGAUUGGGACUGUCUUGUUUUCCAUGAUGUUGAUCACAUCCCAGAAAGUGAUCGCAACUACUAUGGAUGUGGGCAGAUGCCACGGCAUUUUGCAUCAAAGCUGGAUAAGUACAUGUACCUUCUACCAUACAAUGAGUUCUUUGGUGGAGUCAGUGGUCUAACAGUGGAGCAGUUCAGGAAAAUCAAUGGAUUUCCCAAUGCUUUCUGGGGAUGGGGCGGAGAAGAUGAUGACCUGUGGCGUAGAGUUUCUUUUGCAGGAUACAAUGUGACAAGACCAGAAGGAGAUCUGGGAAAAUACAAAUCUAUUCCCCAUCAUCAUCGCGGGGAAGUACAAUUCCUAGGCAGAUAUAAAUUGUUGAGGUAUUCUAAAGAACGUCAGCCCCUGGAUGGGUUGAACAACUUGAAAUAUACUCCAAAUAUAACUCUGCACUUUUUGUACAAAAAUAUAACAGUGAACCUCACACCUGAGUUGGCUCCUGUGAUUGAAGAUUAAAGAGGAAGGGACCAUCUUAAAUUUUAACAGCUUCCCUGGAACAUUACAGAUUGCAGAAUAUUUUGUUCUUAUGGCAGUUCAGUGAAGGGCUUUAAGGGUCUUGAGGAACAGCCAAACCACCUCAGCUGUGGAUGAUCUAAUGACGGCUUGAGUCCUGAAUUUUGAACAGCUGAUUGUAUCUGCAUGUGCACACUAGCUUUUGCUAAUGAAUUUACCUUGCACUUUGAAAGACAACAUGCCAUCAUUCUGAAACCAAGAUUUAUGGCAGGGCUAGUCUCACUAUUAAAUCCUCGCAUUAUUGUCUUAGCUUUCUUGUCAUGAUCAGCUGUUCCUGUACAAAGGUGUUAAAGCCAAUAGAGUUUCCAUUUGUAGGUAUUGCAUAACAUAUUGUAUUUUUAGCUAAAAUGAAGGCUUGAAAUAAUGCUAUGGAUUUGUAAAUAUAUUGUAAAAUUGUGCACUUUGCCACUCUCUCUUUUUAUAUACUAUUGAACUGAUGCAUUUGUGUGAUGUUCCUUUUAAAAAGGAGAUAAUAUAUAUAUGUGUAUGUAACUUGGCAUGUAAGAACAAAAUGUAAAUAUUCUUUUAAGACAAAUCAUUUACUUUCCAUACGGAAUAAUGGGAAGAAUAUGUUGUCUGGUUGCUGUUAGCUAAAACUAUACCUUGUUACAGUAGGAUUAUACACUGCCAAGUCACUUCACCUUCUAGUCAUGAUUUGGAAAGGACUUUUGGUUAUUAUAGUAAAAUGCGUUUAGCUUGGGAUUAUCUUCUAA